UUCUGCUCCCUUGCCAUUCGGCACUGCCAAAACCCCACGGGCCUCUCCACAGUGAAACAACCAACUGGGAAAUCUUUGCUGAGACAACACUGUUCUGUCUGUCUUUAUCUCUCUCUGUGUCUUCUGGUUUCUUUGAGCUUCUUGUGCCAACCCAUUUUGGUUUUUUUGUGUAAAACAGUCGUCGAAUUGGUUAAAGGAUGGAGGUGGAGAGACUUUGCUCUGGCGCUUUUGCUCUGGAGAGGAUGGUGUGCUCUGCACUGGAGGCUGUGGUGGUUGAUACAGCUCUGGUUGCUCAGAAGACCCUUGUUUGGCUUAUCUUGUUGAUUGUAUCUGUGCCCAAUGACAUUGAUAUGUUACCGAAUCCCCUAGGAGAAGAGAAGAGCUUUCCUUUACGUGAUCUUAACAGAGUGACAAGGCCUGAUGCUGAGAACAAGGAUGCCAGUGAUACUGAGGAUGAUGAGGAUGAAGACAAUGAUGCUGAUGUCAAUGACGAGGAUGAUGAUGAAUUUUCGGGAGAAGAAGUGAGUGAUGAUGAUGAAGGGGAUUCUGAGGAUGAUGUUGAGGCUAAUGGUGAUGGAGGAAGUGAUGAUGACGACGACGAUGAUGAUGACAGCGAUGAAGAUGAUGAUGAUGACAGUGAUGAAGACGAGGGUGAAGAGGAAGAUGACGAAGAAGAGCAAAAUCAACCACCAUUUAAGAAGAAAAAAUGAGGAACAUUAUUGUUUUUCCAUUCAUUUCCUUAUUGCCUUCAAGUAGUACUUGGGGAGUUGCAGAUUGGGAGGAUAUUUAAUUGAAACCAAGAGGACAUUGUCUUGGUUAUUUUUAGGAAAAAAGUGAAUUUCCUUCGUUCUUGUGGAUGUUGAUCCUUUUGGUGUUCCCUUGGAUGAUCAAACCAUGAGAUGAAGAAUAACUAUCACCCGAAACAUCUCUGAGUGAAUUGAGUCAUUCGGGUCAUCUACACUGAAUUGAGCGAUAUUGUUUCGCGAUGUCGCAAUAUUACUUGAAUCUUUUGUCAUGCACUUCUUCUUCGAUAUAACUUUUUGUGUGUAUCACCCAAAAUCAUUUUGCG